CUCAGGCAGCGCGCGGGUCCUGACAGGGGGCGGGGCACGGCAGCCCGGAAGAGACGCCGCGCCGCACAUACCCCUUCCUUUCCAGCUCCGGCCCCUGACGCAGCAGCCGUCGCGAUGUUGAUGCCCAAGAAGAACCGGAUUGCCAUUUAUGAACUCCUUUUUAAGGAGGGAGUGAUGGUGGCCAAGAAGGACGUCCACAUGCCUAAGCACCCGGAGCUGGCAGACAAGAAUGUGCCCAAUCUUCAUGUCAUGAAGGCCAUGCAGGUAGCCGGGGGUGCUGCUGGAGUGGGGUGCAGAUGGAGGGAUUUUCCACUGGUGUUCAAGGCAAAUUCCAAGGAGAGGUCAGCACAGCCAGAGCUGCUUGCUGCUGUGAAGGGCUGUGAGUCUCUCAAAUCACGAGGCUACGUGAAGGAACAGUUUGCCUGGAGACAUUUCUACUGGUACCUAACCAACGAGGGUAUCCAGUAUCUCCGGGAUUACCUCCACCUGCCCCCUGAAAUCGUGCCUGCCACCCUGCGCCGCAGUCGUCCUGAGACUGGCAGGCCACGGCCCAAAGGUCUGGAAGGAGAGCGACCUGCAAGACUCACAAGAGGGGAAGCCGACAGAGACACCUACAGACGAAGCGCUGUGCCCUCUGGUGCCGACAAGAAAGCCGAGGCCGGGGCUGGGUCAGCAACCGAAUUCCAGUUUAGAGGCGGAUUUGGUCGCGGACGUGGUCAGCCACCUCAGUAAAGUUUGGAAGAGAUUGUUUUGUGUUGAAUAAAUGUGUAGCCAGAAAAGAUUAA